AUCUCCCACUAGAAAUUCACCUGUAAACAAACAACUUAACGUACACCUGUGACGAAGUAAAGUCUUCGGAAUCCGUGAUCAAGUGAGCGGUUGUGGUUCGAUCGUACUAAUCGAUAUAUUUUGCGUGUUUCGUGAAAAUGAAAUGUACGAACUGAAUUAAUUGAUUCUGUGAUUUCUAGUUUUGAACAUAAAAGGGAUUUUUCUUCUGGGAGUUAAGAACGAGAAGUUUCGACCUUUUCGUUUUCGUACCAGGUUCAAAUUUCGCGUAAAAUGUGGCAGAAAACAUACUGAAAAGAGUGUGGAUCAACAUGGUAUUCCAAAUGUCUGGAGCCACAGUGUGGUUACUGUUCUUUGUGUUGAGUUUUGGAUUUGUGAGUGCCGAGGAAGGAUGUUACGGUGCCGGAUUUGUGUCAACAUCGGUGGUACUUGCUGUCUUCAUUACUCUUUGCGUGGUUGGUGCUGUAUAUUAUUGGUUUAGAAGAAGACCAAAAACAGAGCAUCUUAUUCUCGAAACCGACCCAGAAAAAGGAAAGACGGAAUAUGCAUUCGAUAAUCCUGGAUUCAAAGAUGCUACACUUGCGAAAUCUCACGAGAAAUCUCCGACCAAGAACGAACUCGAAAGAGAAGAAAAACAAAAACGGUCCAAUUGGCCGAAUAUAUCGGCACAUACCACAAAAACAGAGAAGAAGAGAGCAAAAGAUGAUUGUUCUCCUGCAGAACAGGAAGUCAAGGUUAUAUCUUUGAAGAGUCAUGACUUCACAGGGCUUGGUUUCAAUAUAUGUGGCAACAUGAAAGAAGGAAUUUACGUUAAGGACAUCUUACACAGGGGACCAGCUUCAGAGUCUGGAAAGUUGAAUACUGGUGACAGGAUAAGAAGUGUUACCAUCAAUUUCGAACAUAUCGUUUAUGAGGAUGCACUAAAUAUUUUGAGCUUUGCUAGUCCAUAUGAGAUAAAAGUUGAGGCAACAGGUGGCAAAAUUUUAUUUGGCUCCUCUUCGAAGAGUAAUCACCCAAGUCAUCCUCUAUACCGCAGUACAUCCAGCAUACAGUUGCAAGAGGAGUUGAAUAUGAGCAAAAAGAGGUCAUCCAUUGAGAAUUCUUUGGAUUCUAACAGAUUGGCCUUUAUGAAGACAUCAAGUAACACAACAACACUUGAAAGGAAAAAUUCUAAAUCUCCUAGAUCUACUACUAAAAUCCAAAUAGAUAAAUCACAAAAUGGGCCUUUGAAUUCAGCCCAACUCAAAAAUCAGCUAGAGCAAAAGAACUUAUCGGUCGAAAUAGAAAUGAGAGAGAAAAUUGAAUCACCUAAAAUGAAAAUAGAAACCCAAAAGACUGACUAUAAUCAUCAAAAGUUUGGAAUAAAAGUAUUUCCGUCCGACAUUCAAACAAGCCGCAGCACUGGAGAAACUCAGAACCACAAGAACUCAAAUACAGAAAAGCCUAAAGAAAACUCUGGAUUUGAUGAGGUUGACAGAAAAACCGAAGAAGGUUUACAGCCAACUGAACACUUCAAUAGAAAUGACUAUAUCUACGGUUCUGGGUUGAAAAGAGAUGAAAAUGGUAUCCCUCAAGAAAUUCCAAGUCAUAUGUUGAAUGCUGCUUUUGCAGCAAAAAGGAAUAGGAAGAGUCAAGAAGACAUAUUCUUUGAGGAAGAUACAAAAAUACUCAAGAAGAUCAAAAACAAAGCCCCUUCCCCACCAAGCAACAAAAGAAGUAAAGAUCACGAAAAUAUGAAUUUCAAAGAGGCAACUAUAGAAAUUAAACAUAGAGUUCAGGUUGAGGAUGAGAAAUCGGAAAAAAACAACUCAUUAAGAAGAGACGAAGUGAAAAAGUUUUCUUCUGAUUCUGAUGACGAUACUGAUAACCAAUCGUCAGUAAACACUGUCGAACUGAACUUGAGCCAAAUUACAAUUCACCAGGUUGAAAAUGAUGAGAAACAAAAUAGAAAAACUGCUAGCACUGGUGACUUAACCAAAAUUCAUAGAAUCAGAAAAUCAAGCAGCGGAACACUUGAACGAGCCAAAAGUUUAGACAUAACUGAUUCUGGUAUUCCAAAUUUAUCGCAAAAAAUAAAAGGGGAUGCAGAUUUUUACGACGUGAACUCAGAAGAAGAAUUUUUCGGAAAAACUAUGAUCGAUAAGGAACCUAAGCUUUCCCUCAUAUUAGAUGGUUUGAACACAUUUCAAAGAAACAGACUAAAAAAAUCAACAGAAUGGGGCAACUUGGAAGAUGCUAUUCUCAGAUCAAAUCAGGAUCACGAGAAUAUGUCACCUGUUUCUGAACGAGAUCUUUCAAUUGAAAAUUUCAACUUAGAAGAGAAGAGUGCCGAAUUCAAUGCCGUUGUCAAUAAAAUUAAUGAAAUAAAAAAUGAACCUCAAGAAAAAGCAGAAGUAAAAAAUUCGAGUGAAGUAAUAAGUACAUAUCGAAAUGAAGAAAUAUUGUACGAAGAACAAAAACCUAAAAAUCAACUGUGGCCAACAGAAACCGAAACAUGUAUAAGUAUACAACCAGUUAAUUCAAUUAAAGUGCGAACUAAAUCUUCAAAUGACUCUUCACCUGUAAUUGAAAAUACACAAAAAAUUAAUAUUCAGAACGAAAUUUGGCCGAAAGAAUUAGACAAUAAUUAUAUUGAUCAAAGUGAAAAAGUACAGAAUGUCAAUGAAGCAACAAAUAUAAUAUCAACGGAAAUUGAGAUGUUGCCAAUAAAUAAUAACAGCAGAAAUGAGGAAACUAUUAGACAUAAUAAAACUAAUGUAGUUACAACAAAUGAAGAAGUUACAACAAUAAAAACAAAUUACUCAAGUUUCGAAGAGGAUAUGAAUCCAAUGUCAAAAGAUGUUACUGAAUUUCAAAAGAAUAUAAGGGACGAACCAGAUCCUCGAAUGAUGAAUCAAGAUAAAAUAAUGGUUAAUAAUUCUAGCUACAUUGAUAAAGAUAUGAUUGUUUCAGAAACUCCCCCAGAUGCUAUUUCAGAACUUGAUAUUAUAGACGAUUCGACAAAAGAAGUUAAAAAUAAUGAAAUAAAUACCAUCAAUGUUAAUUUAAACACAGAACAAAUACAAAUGAGCCCAAUUGUUUCGAAUAAAAUAAAAACACAUAAGAGACAACAGAUACCUAUUGAGGAGAACGAAAAACUUCUUCCUCCUAAAAUGGACGAUUCAGAUCUUGAGAAAGAAAUGUUCGAGUUGAGCGAUAAGACAUCGUUGAAAGUACCUGAAAGAGCAAUAACGAAGGUGACUGCUGAUUUAGUAGUGCCCGGUAGCAGCCUAUCACAUGUCGAACAUAAUUAUAAGAAACAGAAAAGUUAUCUAGGAUUUGAGAGGAAUUCCGAAACAGGUGAAUUAUUAAUCGUGAAUAACACUGAUGAGUCCAAGACUUUGAACGAUACCACAUCAAAUUAUUCUAAUGAAAACGAAAGUUUCAUCUUCAAUGAGAAAUAUCUGAAUAGUCAAGAUGGAUCAUACAAUGCAAUUCCAGGAGAUAUAAAUGUUUCAGAUGAUAUAAAGGUUAGUAGACAUUCUUUCGGAAGCUUAGAAAGACCAAAAUCGGAUGAUGCAAAAUCUAUUGAAUCGAUAAAAUAUUCAAGUAACGUGAGUAACGUUACCGUCAACAAUGUAAACACUGAAAACGGUACUUCAAGUUUACAUAGUUUGGAAUUAUCAGUAAAUAAUAAUUCCUCUGGAGAUGCCAUGAGCUUAUCACUUGGUGAAAAUGAUUUAUACACUACAGCUCUAAAUAAUUCUUUGGAGAUAGAAAGAGAAAAAAAUAAGAUCUCUAUAAGCACCCCUGAUUUGAUUAAAAACGUUUCAAUUACUGAAGCAAUAAAUACAUUGAAUGGUAAUAUGGAUGAAAUGAAGACUUUCAAAGAAAGUUCCAAAGAUGAUAAUGCAAGACCAAUGAGCCCUGAAAUUGGCGAUUCUGAAGUACACAAGUCCAGUGUGGAACAUAAUAUGCCAACCAAGCAUUCCAGUUUAACAUAUAUAACUGAAAUCCAGGUCACUCCUACAAGUGCUAAUAAAAAUAUAUCCGAAAUUAAAAUUGUCCCUCCAACAAAUAGUCCAUCACCUCGGUAUUCGAAGAAUCAAAUAUCCAGUUAUAAAGAAGACUACGAUUUUGAAAGUUUGGAUACAAAUAAAGAGGUUAAAAAUCAAAUAGAAUUAAAAAAUAGAAGUGAAACCUCGAAAAACAUCGAUCCUGAAGAAAACCUACAUAAAACUCAAGAAAUUGUGCAGGAACAAUUCAAGAAAUUACCAGAAAUGAGAUUCAGUACAGCAAGUUAUGAGAGCCCCGUGGAGAAAGUAGAAAAAAGACAAUCGCAAAUAGAGCUUUUGAAAUCGAAUUUCGAAAGGUCCCCUCCGAAAUCACUGAAAACUGAGUCGACAAGAUCACGCAUUCCUGUAUCAACUACAAUGAAGACGCCACCCGUUUCUCCUGGACAAAAGGAAGAGAGCGAAAAGGAAAUAUUAGAGAUAUUGCCAUCCCCCAUACACUCCACGCCAAUGACAAAUACGUCCAAGUAUCAGAAGUCAACAAAUAAUAAAAAUGUAACGAUUACGUCGAUAAGAACCAAUUCCCGAAUACCAUCAGGCUUACCAGUCAGUGGAAUAAGACCUCCUGUUCCACCAAAAAGACAUGAUUCGGAUAAUGAUUCUUUCAGCUCAACCAACAGUAGUAUCAGCAGUUUUAAGCAGUGGGUAUUCAAUCCAGUAAAUUCACCAUCUGAUUAUCAUAACAAUAAAUAGAUCACGAAUCCCAUUUGUGAAAUUUUUGGAUUUACAUGAAAAACUUUCAGACUGGGGUAGAUAUGUUCUUUAGUCAAAAUUAAAAGUGUUACCUAUGUAUUGCAAUUUCUUAAGGUUAAAACACUAUUAUUAUAUAUAUGUCAAUACCAGUUCUCAAUUAGAUUAAAACAGGAUAAAAUGCAUGUUGAUGUUUGCAUCAUUAAGAAUACAUAAAAAGUUCUUGAUGCUCUGGAUAGGCGCCAAGAUACAUUAGUUUUUGAAGGAAGAAAUUCAGCAACAGAAUUGAGAUUUCGGAUUUCAAUACAUCUCAUUAUUUUCUUUGGUGCUAUUUGAACUUUUUCAUUUUGAAUUUUUUUAUGUUAAAUGAGUUAGUAUUCGUCAUCAAAUUUCUACCGAAAUCUCAAUUCGAAUUAUUGUUAUAUGAAUUCUGUAUUGAAUGAUAGAUAUUUGUGUAAUAAACAUUUUUAUGACAGUAAUUGUUAAGAAGUCAUUUUUUAUGUAUAUAUUUGUAUUUUAUUGUAUGUGAGAGAAAAACUAUAAAAGUUUAAAUAAAAAUUUUUUACUUCUU